AUGUCUUCUUCUUCUUCUUCUUCUUCUUCUUGUGCUUCUCCUUUUACAACUUUCUUCCUUGAAUGUAUUCUUCUUCUUCUUUUUCGUCUUUUACAACUUUCUUUCUUGAAUGCUCCUCUUCUUCAUUUUGCUCUUUUACUCCCUCUGGCUUCUCAUAGGUUAGUUUCUUCCUCUUCUUCUUCUUCUUCUUCUUCUUCUUCUCUUACGUUAUUUCUUCUUCCUCUUCUUCUUCCUCCUCCUUCUCUUCUUCUUCUAACUCGACAUCAUCAGCAAACUCAUUAUCUUCUUGCUCUUUUACUUCUUCUGGCUUCUUUGAUUAGUAUUUUCUCCUUCGUUUCGCUCUUCUUCUUCUUUCUUCUUCUUCUUCUUCUUCUUCUUCUUCUUCUUCUUCUUCAUCUCUUAGGCUGUUAUCAUCUUUUCCCGCCAACUCCUUCAUCUCUCCCACCUUCUUUGGCGCCUCAUGUCCUCCUCCUUCCCUCUUCAUCAUCAAAUCCCCCCACUCAUCACGCUCUUUCCCUCCCGUUCUUUUCCCCCUUCCAUUUCUCUAUUAACCGACAUAAUUUCUAUGUAGAUAAUAACCACUACUUAAUCCCUCGAAAUUCUUUGCCUCCCGACCAGGCAUUAUUUUUGCCUAUUUCGCGGCCCUAUGCACUCUCCUUCGGACACAUUCCUUCGCUUUGUCAACUUUCUCUUCGUAUACGGAUUUCUUUCAACUCUUUUCCUUUUCUAUUUUUUCUCCAUUUUGCUAUUCUUCUUCUUCUUCUUCUUCUUCUUCUUCUUCUUCUUCUUCUUCUUCUUCUUCUUCUUGUAACACUGGCUUCUCUUAGGCAGCUACCUUCUUUUUCUUCUUCUUUUUCACUUCGUUUAUCUUUUUUUCUUCCUCAUUUCAUUCUUUUUGUUCUUGUUAUUCUUUUUCUUCUUCUUUUCUCCUUUUUCUUCUUCGCAGCCGGCUUCUUUUUCUUCUUUUUAACAUCGUUUAUCUUUUUCUUCUUCAUUUCGAUCUUCUUCUUCUUUUUUUUCUUCUUCUUUUCUCCUUUAUCUUCUUCGCAGCCAUCUUCUUUCCUUCUUCUUCAUUUCGUUCUUCUUCUUCUUCUUCUUCUUCUAUUUUUUCUUUCUGUAACACUAGCUUCUCUUAGGCAGCCACCUUUUUUUCUUCUUCUUUUUAACUUCGUUUAUCUUUUUGUUCUUCAUUUCGUUCUCCUUCUUUUUCUUCUUUUUCUUUUCUCCUUUUUCUUCUUCGAUCUUCUUUAUCUUCUUCAUCUCGUUCUUCUUUUUCUUCUAACACUGGCUUCUCUUAGGCAACUUUAUUCUUCUUCAUCUUGUUCUUCUUCUUCUCUUUCAUCUUUUAACCCUGGUUUAUUCUCCCUUUUUGUCUCCUUUCUUUUCUCGUUUUUUUUUGCAUUCCCGACAGUUUGCUCUUCUUCCAUGAUUGCAUUCUUCUUCUUCUUCUUCUUCUUCUUCUUCUUCUUCUUCUUCUUCUUCUUCUUCUUCUUCUUCUUUGUUGACUGUCUAAAUUCCGAAACCUUUCUCCAUAACUCACUUCUGUCUUUUUCUAUCAAAUUCUGUAAUAAUAUUUUUCUCACCCUCCCCCACCCCCCAACCUACCUCAAAACGAUUCUUCCUCCUCUGUUUUUUUCUCUCUCUAUUUCUCUCCUUCCCUCACACACUUACAGCCACCCCCACACAAAACAUAGUCUGUCUCUUUUUCUAUCUCUUUCUCCUUCUUUCACUCCCGGCAUUGUUGAUCCUAUCCGAUUUUCUAUCUAUCUAUCUAUCUAUCUAUCUAUCUAUCUAUCUAUCUAUCUGUCUAUCUCACUCGCUAGUACUUUUCAUUAUCUAUCUAUCUAUCUAUCUAUCUAUCUAUCUAUCUAUCUAUCUAUCUAUCUAUCCCAGUCCAGAUCUAUCUAUAUAUCUAUCGCAGUUACCUAUCUAGCUAGCUCGCUACUACUUUUCAUAUCUAUCUAUCUAUCUAUCUAUCUAUCUAUCUAUCUAUCUAUCGCAGUUUAUAUUACUGGAUAA